GCUUUUGGCAGGUUUAAAUGCCACCAAACCCAAACCUCGACGAGCUUUUUAGGUUUUCUCUUCUAACAAAAUGGAUGAACCGUCGUCGGAAGCCAAGAGAACCGCCGUCGGCCCCCCUUCCGUUUUGGCAUACCUCGACCCCAACUACUGGAAUGACAGGUUCACCUGUGAGGAUCAUUACGAAUGGCUUAAAGAUUACUCCCAUUUUCGUCAUCUCAUUCAGCAACAUAUCACACCCACUUCUUCUGUAUUGGAGCUGGGGUGUGGAAACUCACAACUGUGUGAUGAAUUAUAUAAAGAAGGAAUAACGAAGCUAACAUGCAUUGAUCUCUCUUCAGUUGCAGUUCAGAAGAUGCAGACUAGAUUGUUAUCCAAAGGCUACAAGGAUAUCAAAGUGUUGGAAGGUGACAUGCUGGAUCUUUCCUUUGCGGAUGAGUCAUUUGAUGUCGUUAUAGAGAAAGGAACUAUGGAUGUUUUGUUCGUGGACAGUGGCGACCCAUGGAACCCACGGCCUGAGGCUGUGAACAGAGCAAUGACAAUGCUUCAAGGUGUGCAUCGGGUUUUAAAACCCAAUGGGAUUUUCAUCUCAAUCGCUUUUGGCCAGCCACACUUCAGGCGUCCACUAUUCAGUGCUCCUGAGUUUACCUGGUCCAUCGAGUAUGCUACAUUUGGAGAUGGGUUUCACUAUUUCUUUUAUAUCUUGAGGAAGGGACAGAGGUCAUCAUCAGAGGUGGAUGCAGAUGUGAAGAAGGUUGAGACACCAUCUUUAUGUCUUUACCAAGAUGAAUUAGACGAUGAAGAUUACUUGUUUCGCACCAACAUUGACGAAAUGGGCGAUGAUAGAUGACAUCCAUGGCCAUGGUUCAAGGCUCUAAGAUCUCUUUUUGUAAUACUUGCUGUUAGAAAACCACAAAGAUUUGUCUUUUUUUUUUUUCCCUUUCAAUUACCUGUUGGCGUAGUUUGGUACAAUUAGUGACAUCCCAUCUGCCAUUAUUGUGAACCCAAUGUUUACUUAUGUGCUCUUGGUAGUUGGUA